AUGAAGCAUCUCAACAUUUACAAGGUUGCUGAAAGUAGCAGAAUUCCAAUUAAUGAGGAUGUUGUGAUUUCUACACACCUACAAAAGAAGUCGCAAUCUUCCAAAAACAUUUUAACCAUUCGUUGUAAGGAAUUAAAAGACUUAAUUGAUAUUUACAACUCAAUAGUUGACAAAUAUCAAGAAUUAAUGUUUAAGAUGCCAUCCAACUGCUUCCCACCAUCUUUUCCAAAGAGCUUUAGCUCUUUUAGAGAGUCAUUUGAAAAUUUUGUAAGAACAAUCGAAGCUUACAUCUUCCAAAUUAAAUCUAAAGAAGGUAGCGCUGAAAAUUACAAAAGGAAAAACAUAAUAAUGAUCAUAGAUCAGUCGUGCUCCCUCUCAGAAAAAUUAACAUUAUUUAUGAAAGAAGCUCAAUCGUUUAACGAAACCGGAAUGGGCGAAAUCACAAAAACUAUCGAUUUUUCAUUCCAAAAGCUUUUCAAAACCAACACAUCGAUAAAUACAGCGAUAAAAAAUGAAAAAAUUGUAAAUCAAGAGAUGGUCAGUAAAGGCUUAGAUCUUUAUAGAAAUACCUAUAAAGCGUUUAAACUUUGUAAGGAUUUCUUCUCCAGCCAAAAGAAAGAUAAUAACGAAAAUUCGGCCCGAGAAUUCAACAUUGAAGACCUUAAAAUUGCUCUUUCCCUUGUAAAUACUGAUGGUUUCCAUUUGUUAACAAAGAAAGUUCCGACUUCUUUGACAAAUAAAGGAGAUAUCGUUGAAAUGAGAAGUGCCUUUUCUACAAACUGUGGUUAUAUUGGAAGUUUAGUAGAAGUGGCUGCUAUUUUCAACGAAUCUCUUGAAGCUAUCAUCAUGAACCUUACAAAUUUAACUAAGCUGUUCAAUGAUGUCAUCUACCAAUGCAAUAUUCCAACAAAAGUUGAAAUUAAUCAACUUUUGUUGCAACAAUUGGCUUGA